GAGUAAUUCCGAGAAGCUCGCCUUACAACUCCGCGCGGCCCCCUGCGCUUCCCGCCCCACAACAAAACUCGGCGCGUCGCUCCCGGGAGCCGGGCUCGGAGUGACCCGCGGUCGGGACCGGAGGGGAGACUGACCAGGGCGCGGGCCGGGACAGCAGCUCGGAAGGCAGCGGGACCCGCGAGUGCCAGGGACGCCAGGCGAAGCAGGCCGAGAGGCGGCCGGCGGCGUUCAGGACCUUGCUCUCCCCGGAGUUUCCCAGGACCGCAGCCAUGUGACCCGCGGUGUUUGUCCCCCGCCCAGAGCCGGCGCCUUCAGCCACAGGGUGGGGCGAAAUAUCAAAGAUCCCACCGGGCUCUUCUGCGCGACGAGGUCUCAGCCCAGAGGGCACCUUCUGCAAACAUGUCCGUGGAUCCCUUAUCCAGCAAAGCCCUGAAGAUCAAGCGCGAGCUGAGCGAGAACACGCCGCACCUGUCCGACGAGGCGCUGAUGGGGCUGUCGGUGCGCGAGCUGAACCGGCACCUGCGCGGGCUCUCAGCCGAGGAGGUGACGCGGCUCAAGCAGCGGCGCCGCACACUCAAGAACCGCGGCUACGCAGCCAGCUGCCGCGUGAAGCGCGUGUGCCAGAAAGAGGAGCUGCAGAAGCAGAAGUCGGAGCUGGAGCGCGAGGUGGACAAGCUGGCGCGCGAGAACGCCGCCAUGCGCUUGGAGCUCGACGCGCUGCGCGGCAAGUGCGAGGCGCUGCAGGGCUUCGCCCGCUCCGUGGCCGCCGCCCGUGGGCCCGCCGCGCUGGUGGCUCCGGCCAGCGUCAUCACCAUCGUCAAGUCCGCCCCGAGCCCGGGCCCCGCCCCCGGACCUGGGCCCGCCCCUGGCCCCGCCCCCGCCGCCUGCUCCUAGUGGCCGCCGAGCCCCGCUCGCUCCGCCCACGCCCAUUCUCUAAACCACAGCCCCUCCGACCCCAGCUGCCUUCCCUAAGUGCCUAAGCGCAGUCUCUGUUUCUAAGUGCCAUUUCUCUGUAGCCACCAGCCCCCGUGAUGAACACACACGUUCCCUCCCCAGAGCCUGUCUUCCUCCUGCGGCCCCUGCAACUGGGACCUAAUGGCCUUGGGAGGGGCAACGGUGAUGAGAUAGGAGGUAGAGUGGGGUCGGGGUCUGGGGUUUCCUCUGGUAGAAAAUUCAGCCUUCUUAGUUUGGGAGGAGGGGAUACAGAGCGGAUUAGAGAAGGGCCAUCGAGGGGAAGACGGCCACCCCUCAUUUUGUAACUGCUCAGCUUGUGCCAUCAGCCCCUCCCCGCCCGCCAGGGAUACAGGACUAGGCUUGGCCCGGUAUGGGUCUUGUGGGGCUGUCUAGCUGGGAAGCUGAUGCUCCCGCCUCCGCCUUGCACACAGAUGCCUGGCCUUCCAAAGCUGGAAGACUCAUUAGAAAUCACCUAGUGAAGCCCACUUAACAGAGGAGAAAACAGGCCUCUAUCGGACGUGCCCAAGGCCACAUAUGCUUAGUGGUUGAGCUGGAACCCUGUCUUCCCACUGCUGCCCUGAGAUUCCAGCCGUGGUUGUCAGGGGGACAGCGGCCAGGGCCUGAACAGCUGGUGAAAGGGCCUCCGUGGCCUGGGAGAUGGCUCUCUGUGAGUCAGGUGAAGAGAAGUAGAGGGAGAGAGAAGGUGAUGCAGAUGGAAGAGAGGGAAGGAGCUGGCCAGGCUCAACCCUGGGCUCUCCCUGCAGCCAGGGAGCUGGCCAGCCAAAGAGAAAGGGGACCAAGGAGGUGACCACUGUGGCAGUGGGGAGAUGAGAAGACAGAUCCUAUGUUUCUGCAGCCUGGGAUAGGGGUCCUUAAAGGGAAGGGUCCCACCUGUCCACCCUGUGGGAUGGGGGCUGACCACUGCCAUUGAUCGCCAUUCUCCUGGGAAGCCCAGCCCGAGCCUUCCCCCGCCCCCCCCCAACUAUACAGCUGCUCCUCCCUGCUGUUUAUUUAUUGCACGAAUCUAAGUUAUUCUCCCCAGCCAGAGCCCAGCGCCCACUGCCUGGGAAAAGUGGUGUGUGGCCCUGAGCUGGACUUUAUAUUUUAUAUCUGCAAAUAAAUCACAUUUUAUCUUAUAUUUAGGAGAAGCCGGAUGGCAAAAACAACCAAAAAAUGUUUUUUAAAAAAAAUUGCCCGGCCCCCGGAAUUUAUUUAUUUUUCUGACUUACAGUAAGCGAGUUAUCCGCAUUCUGUAUUUUGUAGACUUUCUGAAUAAAGUCAAGUUCUUUUUUUCCACAGU